UUCCCGCUCCUAUAAAGGCCGACGCCGCGCGGCGUUGCUGGAGUGGCCUUGUCCUCAUUGUACAUCAUCUGUGGUCACCGACCGGCAGCCUCGGGUCCGCGGUCUUGAGACCGAGCACCAUGCCUUCGAUAAAGUUGCAGAGUUCUGAUGGAGAGAUAUUUGAAGUUGAUGUAGAAAUUGCCAAACAAUCUGUGACUAUCAAGACCAUGCUGGAAGAUUUGGGAAUGGAUGAUGAGGGAGAUGAUGAUCCUGUUCCUUUACCAAAUGUUAAUGCAGCAAUUCUAAAAAAGGUCAUUCAGUGGUGCACCCAUCACAAGGAUGACCCUCCUCCUCCUGAGGAUGAUGAGAACAAAGAAAAACGGACAGAUGAUAUUCCUGUUUGGGACCAAGAAUUCCUGAAAGUUGACCAAGGAACACUUUUUGAACUUAUUCUGGCUGCAAACUACUUAGACAUCAAAGGUUUGCUUGAUGUCACAUGCAAGACUGUGGCCAAUAUGAUUAAGGGGAAAACUCCUGAGGAGAUUCGUAAAACCUUCAAUAUCAAAAAUGACUUUACUGAAGAGGAAGAGGCCCAGGUACGCAAAGAGAACCAGUGGUGUGAAGAGAAGUGAAGUGCUGUGCCUGACACUGUAACACUAGAAGGGUUGUUCCGAAUGCUAGUUGCACUGCUCUGUUUAUAAUUGUUAAUAAUAGAACAGUAGACAAACGCAGUCUCAUCCUCACUGCAUGUGUAAUGUAGUUCCAGUACAGAUCUGACCUAUGGCUGAGUUUCUUCUAGGAGCAGAAGUUCUUUUUUGUUUUUUUCAGUAUUCUGAAUAAAACUGAACUUUGGGUUCUCUGUGGAAA